GCGGCGGCGGGCGGGGGAGCCGGGGCGGCUCGGAGCCCGGCGGCGGGAGGGGCGGGAGGGGGCGCGGGGAGCCCCCCGCCCCCCGAAGGAGGAGUCUGGCUCCCACUUGCAGCCUCGGACGCGCGGCGAGGCGGCCGCCGCCGAAGGAGCCCCCGCCCCUGCGCGCCGCCCUCCCGGGAGCCGGGCCCCUGCCUCCCUCCGUGCGCGCUGCUGCUCGCGGCCGUCGCUGCCGCCGAAGAGGAGCCCGGGGCCAGUUCUGCUCCGUCUCCCCAGGCUGUUUGCAGGUCUGGCGGGGGGCCGGGCGGCAGCAGUGGUGGAGAAGGCGGCAGUGGGCAAUGCCCGGGAAGCCCGCCCAGGCCCAUGUGGCACCCUAGGUGGGAUGCCGGCGUCCUGAAGGCCGAGGCCCUGGCCCUCCUGCCCUGCGGCCUGGGCAUGGCCUUCUCCCAGUCGCACGUGAUGAGCGCCCGGCGCCACCAGCACAGCCGGCUCCUGGUCGAGGUGGACGAGUACAGCUCCAACCCCACCCAGGCCUUCACCUUCUACAACAUCAACCAGGGCCGCUUCCAGCCACCGCACGUGCAGAUGGUGGACCCGGUGCCUCAUGAUGCUCCAAAGCCGCCUGGCUACACCCGCUUUGUCUGCGUGUCUGACACCCACUCGAGGACAGAUCCCAUCCAGAUGCCCUACGGAGACGUGCUCAUCCACGCCGGAGACUUCACGGAGCUGGGGCUGCCGAGCGAGGUGAAGAAGUUCAACGAGUGGCUCGGCAGCCUGCCUUACGAAUAUAAGAUCGUGAUCGCGGGCAACCACGAGCUGACCUUCGACCAGGAGUUCAUGGCCGACCUCAUCAAGCAGGACUUCUAUUACUUCCCGUCCGUGUCCAAGCUGAAGCCAGAGAACUAUGAGAACGUGCAGUCGCUGCUCACCAACUGCGUCUACCUGCAGGACUCGGAGGUCACGGUGCGUGGCUUCCGGGUCUACGGCGCCCCCUGGCAGCCCUGGUUUUACGGCUGGGGCUUCAACCUGCCUCGGGGCCAGGCCCUGCUGGACAAGUGGAACCUUAUCCCCGAAGGCGUGGACGUGCUGGUCACACACGGACCGCCGCUGGGCUUCCUGGACUGGGUCCCUAAGAAGAUGCAGCGUGUAGGCUGUGUGGAGCUGUUGAACACAGUGCAGAGGCGCGUGCAGCCACGGCUGCACGUCUUCGGCCACAUCCACGAAGGAUAUGGUGUCAUGGCGGAUGGGACCACCACCUACGUGAACGCGUCUGUGUGCACCGUCAACUACCAGCCCGUGAACCCGCCCAUUGUCAUCGACCUGCCUACGCCCCGUAGCUCCUGACUGCCUGCCCGUCCACCUCAGCUGCACCUGCGUGGCCAAGAGCACCGAGCCCCACCACCCACCUGCCUGCCUGGCUGGCCACCAUGGUGAGGCCUCAGGAUGGUCUGGCAGUGCCCUGCGACCCCGUGCACCCGGCACUGCUCCAUGCUGCGUGUCCUUGCCAAGGGCCCUGCCGCCUGCGGCCCCGUCUUGCUUGGGCAGUGACUGACUUGUGCGCCUGACACCUUCCUGGCCUGGACCGCUGGGUCUUGGGAUCUCCCUUAGGGGCGUCUCAGGAAUGGGGGCCACACCUGCUGGGGGCGCCCAGGACUGAGCAGUCACAUGCCCUUGGUGGGGUUGCCUGCGGAAGCCACAGGGAGAGGCAGAGUCCCACUCUAUGGUUAAAGCCUUGCCCUUGUGGCCUCUCCCCCCAUCCCCGGAGUUUGCU